CCCUGAUCUCCAACUCCCGUUAACCUCUGCGACACCGCGACUUGGUACUAGUUAGUUAGUUAGUUAGUUCGUUAGUCAUCGAUGACGAAUCUAUGCCUCGCCCACUGUUUUGUAUCCGGUGUUAUUUCUCAAGUCUGAACCUUCAAAGGUGUACCGUGAGCUGCGAUGUUGAGGAUCUCUUUGUGGGUUUCGGGAGAAUUGAGAGGAUUUGUGCAAUGGACCUGGGCAAGGGUGUUGGUUAGCGUUUAGAGGUGUGGUGCUAGUGCUUUCGAGUUAGAGAAACUGGGAUCCGCUCGCUUGAUAACGAUGACCGGAUAUUUCUCUGCUACAGCGGUGGUCGUGCCAGCCAUUACUCCCCACAGCGAGAGGUGCCGGCUCAUGUUUGAUUCUGCAGCUCUAACUGAAGCUCUAGAUCAUUUGCUCCCUCGCUGAGUGUGAUGCUUCAGCUCUGGGUUGUUCCAAAAACUUGCUAAGGUAUCAUGAUUUUCUGCCGUUUAAUUUUCAUAUGCUGGCUAUAUCUUUUUGUUCUGGUUUCAUAUACAUCUCUUUCUUGAUAAGAAGUGUAGCGUAGUGACAUAUUUUCCUGAGCUCUUAUUACCUGAGUAGUGCAUUGCAACGGUGUGAGCUAUACCAAGUUUCACAAAUAACAAAUACAAGUAUGUUAUCCUGUCCAUGAGGUUGAGAGGUAAGGCCAGCUUUACUUAGCUCCCUUUUCAUUUGAGCAAGAUAUUGCUUCUGUCAGUGUUCUCUCUGGUAUUCUGAACUGGCAUGAUAUUGCUUAUCUAUUCAGUCAGCUCUUAUUUGUUUAUGGCUUUCAGUAUCUUCUGUGUACACAUGACUACAUUCUCUGAUUGUUAUGUUUUACUUCGUGGGUAUACUUACUAAUGUGGUUGCAUAGGUGUCGUUUGUCUGUCUCUGCAGGAAUGCCUCGUUAUCCUGCACCGUAUCCUAUGGUUCGUCCAGGUUUUGUUCCACGUCCAAUGCCACCGCCCGGUGUUGUCCCAAUCCAACGGCCACCAAUAAUUUCUGGGAUCCGGGCUAUUUCUCCUUUGGUAACUGCCCGGCCACCUGCUCCAGCUGUUACGCUGCCUGAUAAACCGCCAACCGCAGUUUAUGUUGGCAAGAUUGCCCCAACAGUAGACAAUGAUUUCCUUCUUUCACUUCUUCGGCUUUGUGGACCUGUCAAGAGUUGGAAGCGUGCCCAAGAUCCAAGUAAUGGAAAACCUAAAGGUUUUGGGUUUUGUGAAUUUGAAUCUGCUGAAGGCAUCCUUCGUGCGACACGGCUUCUCAACAAAUUGAGCAUUGAUGGUCAGGAACUGGUGAUUAAUAUAAAUGAUGCUACCAAGGAGUACCUGAAGAAACAUGUUGAGGAAAAGAAGAGAGCACAAGAGAAGGCAAAAGAAACAGAAGAUGUAAGCGGUGAUGGAACUACAGCUGUUGCUGAAAAUGAAUCAUCAAAACCUGUUCCUGAUGAAUCAGAUAAGGAGACAGGAGAUGCUGGAGAUAAGGACAAUGAAGAGAGCACUAAGAAAUUUGGGAUUGUUACUGAUGAAGACUCUCAAGCUGAUAAAGACAUCGCAGAAAAAAUAAGCAAUAUGAUUGAGGAGUGGUUAAAGACUAGACCGCCACCCCCACCUCCACCUCCACCAGUUCAACCAUCUGCUGAUAGCUCUGGCGUAGAUAAGGCAAAAAAUGAUUCUGAUGAUAAGAAUGACGCUGACACUGAUAAAAGGGCAGUUAAUGAAACUGAAAGAUCUGAAACUGCCUCUCCUGAUAGGAGGAAGGACAGAGAGCAUGAUAAACGGGACAGAGAUCUUGAAAGGCAUGAUCGUGAACGGGAACGUGAAAGAGUACGGAGGGAUAGAGAGAAGGAUCAUAAGCAUAGAGAAGCUGAUAGGCUAUACAGGGAUCGCCUUAAGGAGUGGGAAUCUAGGGAGAGAGAGAAAGAAUAUCAGAGAUAUAGUGAAAAGGAGAAAGAAAGAGACCGGGAACAUAACCGCAGAAGGGAGAUCCUGAAGCAAGAAGAUGAUAGUGAUGAAGAGGAUAAUAGGAAAAGGAAGCGAAGGAGUAGUAGCUCACUUGAAGAUAGGAAAAGGAGGAGGCAACGUGAAAAGGAGGAAGAUUUAGCAGAUAAAAUAAGGGAGGAAGAGGAAAUUGCAGAAGCAAGGAGGAGGGCUGUAGAGUUGCAACGGCAAGCAGAUGAAGCAGCUGCAGCGGCGGUUGCAGCUGCUGAAGAGUCUGCUACACUUAUGGAGGUUGAUGGUGACGAUGAAAAGGAAACAGAUGCACAAAACAAGCCAGCUGUUGUGGAGGCUGAUAACAUCCUGAGCUUUGCUAAUGUUGUUGGUGCUGGUGGACUUGGUAAGGAAAAUAAUGGUGAGGAAACAAGCAUGGCACCUGGUCAAAUCGCAGAUACCAAGCAAAACAAUAACGCCCCAGCAAAGAAACUGGGUUUUGGUUUGAUAGGCUUGGGCAAAAGGACAUCUGUUCCAUCAGUUUUUGCUGAAGAGGAUGACGAAAAUAAUGUUGAUAAAAGCAUAAGACCUCUAGUACCUAUUGAUUACUCCAAUGAAGAGUUACAAGCUGUACAAGCUAAUUCUUCUUCUGGGGCAAAUGUCGCAGCAGCUGCCGAGUUUGCCAAGCGCAUCUCAGUUUCUAACUCAAAGGAAGAGAAGGCUGACGCCGAGAAGGAUAGGAAUAGGAGAUCCAGUGAAGGUCGUCCUAGUGAUGAGCGAAGAGAAAAGCUUCAUGAUCGCGAGAAGGAUAAGCCCAAGUCAGAGAACAAGAAGAUUCUGGAUGCAAAGCAAUUAAUUGAUAUGAUCCCAAGGACGAAGGAAGAGCUUUUUGCCUAUGAUAUAAACUGGACGAUAUAUGACAAGCAUGAGUUGCACGAGAGAAUGAGGCCCUGGAUUUCAAAAAAGAUUAUUGAGUUUCUUGGCGAGGAGGAAUCAACUUUAGUGGACUAUAUUGUUUCCUGCACCAAAGACCACGUUCACGCAGAAAAGAUGCUAGACCUCCUACAGUCGAUUUUGGAUGUUGAGGCCGAGAUGUUUGUCCUCAAGAUGUGGAGAAUGCUGAUAUUUGAGAUCAAGAAAGUCGAAUCUGGACUAUCAGGAAGAGCAAAGUCAUGAAGCUUGUAUGACCUCUGAUUUACAUCAGUCAUCAAACUGUGAUCACGCUUGUAAGGUCAUACUGCACUACAAACAUCAAAAACCAUUUUUAGUGACGCUGAGUUGAUGGUUUUGAUUUGACUCUUCCCUUGUAGAAAUGUAUACGAGAAUCAAUGAGAUACUGUGCGUAAUUUUUUUGAUAGAUUGCAUAAAUGUGUUGGCGCAUUUUACUCUUGUUCCCUGGUGAAUGACGAAGAAUGUCAAUGCUGGCAGUAGCCACCACAAGUAAUCCCUGAUCAUACAUCAUUUGUAUGCAAACUCUCUUAGAAGAUGUUCGUAUUUCAGUUUUGCUUCUCUACUGUCUCAGUAUCGCGGAGCUCUUCGUAGUUUCUGCUGUGCAAUAAAUAAA